AUGACUCUUGAGAUACUUUACAUCAAGGUCAAGCGGCUGAACAGCAAUCCUGCCUUUACCCUAGCUGCGAUGGAGGAUUAUGGCUUCAUUCGACCUGGCUUUAAAUUUCCAGUAGCUGGCGACAUCUUCACCAAAGAGGAAGUGCUUCUUUGGUUUGCACUCGCUAAGUACUGGCACCUGAACCGCUUGUCUAAGAAGAAGAAGAUACGCCUGGUUCUUAAUUCUUCUGUCAAGAAGAAGAAGACCCAAUUCGCACUCGCGCACCGCCCAGCCAUCAAGAUUCAAGGAUCUCUCUUCACUACAGCUCAGCGCCGAUAUGCCUCUACUCCAAAGCCUUCAGUGAAGGCUAUGUUCUCUGAGAUCAGUGACUCGAUGAUCAAGAAAGGUGUUUGGGAGCUUCUGGGCCCUGCUGAAGUUUGGGAAGAGUUUACUGCUCUCGAUAAAACAGCCAACAUCUUAUCUGCGAUGGAUAAGAAGUUCUCAGCUAUACUAAAGCUGAUACCAUUCUUCCUAAAGCUUGACCUUGCUCGGGAUAAAGCGCUAUACAACUGGCGUCAGGUCCAUGAGUUGGCUUAG